AUGGAGGGUGCUUUUGGAAGAUAUCUUUGUUCCCCCUUGUUCACCUUCACUGUCAGUGUUGAUAGGCAAGAAGUAACUGUGCAUUCUUCUGCUUUGGCAGGACUCUCUCAGAACUUGAAUACUCUCCUAAAUGGCAAAAUGAUUGAGGCAAAAACUAGACAUGUGGUCUGGCCAAAUGUCAAUCAGAAAGGCUCCUUCUGCAAAGGUCAAAAAAAAAGAGUGAAGGGAAAGAAGAGAAGUAAAAAAAGUUGCCUGGUUGUGAGCUUGGAUGACCCAGUAUUGGAGGCUGCAACCAAGACUGAGCUUGAGACUGAGCUGGAGUUGGAGCCGGAGCCAGAGCCAGAUUUGCCUCCUGAAGACUUUUGCAACAACUCAGAAAUUCUAUAUAAAGAGAGAAGUGUCUGGACUAGACACUUGUGCAAUGCAUUGCAAAGGGUGCCAGGCAGCAAAACUGUUGCAUUUAUUGGAGAGUCUGGCAGUAAAAAAUCAACCAUUCUGGAUCUCCUUCUGCAAGUCCACUUCCCACAAGACAGUUCCAUCCAAAUUAACAAACACAAUAUUUCAAAGAGCCUAAAGAAAGAAAUUAUCUUUGUCCCCCAGAAACCUAACUUCUUUAGUGACCACAGCAUUAUGAAGAAUCUUAAAUACACCAACCUCAAUGUCAAGGACACAGAGAUAUAUAAUAUCUGCUGCUCUUUGUUAAUCCACAACCAGAUACAAUAA